AUGGCGGGAACAAUUCAAGAUCUCUUGGCCACUGAGCCGCUCAGAAACUCACAGCCAACCCAAUACGUGGAUACAGUGAAAGCGUACGACCAAUGGGCAGAGGUCUAUGACACAGAUGGAAACUUCCUGCAGCGUCUUGAUACGAUCGAGAUGCGCUCGCUGCUCCCUCAUUUUCUCGACAAUGUGGUCACUUUCCAAGAUGCAUCCAAAACAGGAGCCCCAACGCCAAGUCUCGUAGAUUUGGGUUGCGGUACAGGCCGAAACACCAUUCAACUACUUGAUACACUGUCAACAAAAAAGAUCGAUGCCUUCGACCUUAUCGGGCUCGAUGCUUCGCCCGGGAUGCUAGAAGUAGCACGGACCGCGGUCAAAGAGCAUGUGAAUGAGAAGGGAUACUCUCAGACCGUUUCACUCGACAUUCUGGAUAUACUGCAAACUACAACAUUGUCACGGUUGCCGCCCUCACUUGGAAUAGGAGCUGCAGGUGUGAUUUGCACUCUGGUACUCGAGCACAUACCACUUGCGCAGUUCUUUGCGGUUGCCUCAAUGAUCACGAGGCCUGGCGGAUAUCUCCUGCUGACAAACAUGCACGAGGAGAUGGGGAUGAAGAGCCAGGCUGGUUUCACAGAUCCGAAGAGUGGUGUCAAGAUUCGACCUACUAGUUAUUGUCACGCUAUCCCCGACGUCGUUGACGCUGCUCAAGAUGCAGGAUUCUCCGUUGCGAUGAUCAAUGGCGCGACUGGAGUUGAUGACUGUGAGAAUGGCGUGUUUGUCCGAGGUGUUGAUGAGACAUUAGGAGAUAUGUUAGGCGCCAGAGCGAAGAAAUGGGUAGGAGUCAAGGUUUGGUUUGGGAUUUGUUUCAGAAAGGCAAGUGGGUGA